UUCUGAGUAGUAAACUUUGUACAGAUUUUAUGAAAAGGGAUCAAAGUCGUUUUCGAAAGUGUCUAGACCAUUUUCUCCCUUCACAUAUGGAGUACUAUAUAUAAUACUACUCUACUCCUGUAGUCCUCUGCCACUUUCAUUUUUAUAUUAUUUAUUUAUUUAAUUAUUUAUUUCAAUUUUCUCUCUCAUCCCAACUCUUUAAAUCUCCUACCACCAGUCACAACUCUUGUUCCUCUAAUCAAAAGUCGCCCCUCUCUUCUAACUGCUGUGCAGGGAUCAAAACCAAUUAACCAAAAGUUGAAGUUGAACCAAAGAAGAGAGAGAGAGAAGAGAUAGCAAAAUGGAGUUAGAAGAAAACCAGCAGGAAACAAGAUGGGAAGACUAUGUAGAUUGGAGGAACAGGCCUGCUGUGAAGGGCCGCCAUGGGGGCAUGUUGGCAGCCUCCUUCGUUUUGGUGGUGGAGAUCAUGGAAAACUUGGCAUAUCUAGCAAAUGCAAGCAAUUUGGUGCUUUACUUAAGGGACUAUAUGCACUUAUCUCCAUCCAAAUCGGCAAACAAUGUCACAAAUUUCAUGGGAACAGCUUUCCUUCUCGCCCUCCUUGGAGGUUUCUUAUCGGAUGCCCUUUUCACCGCUUAUCACAUCUACCUGAUAAGUGCAGUUGUUGAAUUUCUCGGUCUAAUCAUACUCACAGUACAAGCCCGUUCAUCAUCUCUUAAACCACCACCGUGCACAAAAACUGGUUUGGACAUAUGUGAAGAAGUUCAUGGGGGCAAGGCUGCAAUGCUAUUUCUGGGCCUAUAUCUGGUUGCACUUGGUGUUGGGGGCAUAAAAGGAUCGCUACCGUCACAUGGCGCCGAGCAAUUCGACGAGAGCACCCCUCAAGGAAGAAAGCAGAGAUCAACCUUCUUCAACUACUUUGUGUUUUGUCUCUCAUGUGGUGCCCUGAUAGCAGUGACAUUAGUUGUGUGGAUUGAGGACAACAAAGGGUGGGAAUGGGGUUUUGGAAUCUCAACUCUCAGCAUAUUGUUAUCAAUCCCAGUCUUCCUAUCAGGAUCAGCUCUUUACAGGAACAAAAUCCCUUCUGGGAGUCCACUUACGACUAUUGUCAAGGUUUUGGUUGCGGCUUUUGUAAAUACUUGCAUGAAGAAGAAGACGCCAAGCAAUGCAAUUGCAAACAUGGGAACAUCAUCCUCUCCUCCCACCACAACCAACAAGGAAGUAGAAAAAGAUACCAAACAAAAGGAGUCCACUGAAACAACCUCAAAUAGCUUCAAAUUCCUUAACAGUGCAGCUGAGGGUGAUCCAAUUCAUGUGGCUUUACAAUGCAGUGUGCAGCAAGUGGAAGAUGUCAAAGUUGUGUUGAAAAUCCUCCGAAUCUUUGCUUGCACAAUUAUGCUCAAUUGCUGCUUGGCUCAGCUAUCCACAUUUUCUGUCCAACAAGCUGCAACAAUGAAUACAAAGCUUGGUUCGUUGAAAGUUCCACCAGCUUCCCUCCCCAUUUUCCCAGUCGUUUUUAUCAUGAUCUUAGCUCCAAUAUACGACCAUUUCAUUGUCCCAUUUGCAAGAAAAGUAACCAAAUCCGAAAUGGGCAUAACUCACCUGCAGAGAAUUGGAAUUGGUUUACUUCUUUCCAUCUUAGCAAUGGGUGUGGCUGCACUUGUUGAGAUUAAGAGAAAGAGAGUUGCAACCAGCUCAGGCCUACUUGACUCAACCGAGCCAUUGCCCAUAACUUUCUUUUGGAUUGCAUUGCAGUACUUGUUCCUUGGUUCAGCAGAUCUUUUCACCUUGGCAGGGUUGUUAGAAUUUUUCUUUACAGAAGCACCUCUAAGCAUGAGAUCUUUGGCGACAUCUCUUUCCUGGGUUUCUUUGGCUAUGGGAUACUACCUAAGCACAGUGAUUGUGUCCAUAGUCAAUAAUGUCACAGGAAUCUCCAAACACAAGCCAUGGCUGUCUGGAAGUAACAUAAAUCAUCAUCACUUAGAACGCUUCUACUGGCUUAUGUGUGUGCUCAGUGCACUGAAUUUCUUGCACUACCUUUUCUGGGCCUGCAAGUAUAAAUACAGAUCAAACAAAUCGCGCCCUUGAAGAAAAAAAGGAAAGAAAGAAAAGUUAACAACAAAAAAAAAAGCAAAGAAAUAACAACACAAAAGAAGUUACACAUGCAGUGGCAUUUGUCAAAUUGACAUGAUAAUUUUGAUUGCACAUCGAAUACUCAAUUGAGGCAUGUUGAAACUGUCUCGGCUGUAUACACUUGGGGUUGGGCCAAAUUCAAAUUUGGAUGCAAGGAGAUCAAACCAGGAAUUGUAUCUGCAAUACCAUAUUUGAUAACAACUCCCAUUGUUAUAGUAGCUAGUUGUUAUUGGUUUAUAUUUUCAGAAAAAUCAAGCUUCUUUUUUUGUCUAAUCAAUUAAUUAGUUAAGCAAUGUCAAUUUUUCUUUUUUUUUUCUUUAUUAUUAUUUAAAAAUAAACACUCAACGUAAAGUACACAUUUUUCAGGCUG